AUCAGAUAAAAAUGCAUUCGGAUCAACGCACAUUGUUAUUAGUUUGUUGUGGAAAAUCAUAAUCAUUAGAUCGUUUUUCCGUUUGUAAGAUGUGAAAAUUUCAUAAAACCAAUCAAUUCUAAUCGUGCCAUUUUGAAAUUGUUUAAAACGGAGCGAAAUUUCGAAGAUGAUGCUGUUCCUAUUGUUAUCGCCAUGGGAACUCCAGGCGAUAAGACAGGCGGUAUCGAAGAGGUAGUAGUGAAAACAGAACCCGAACCCAUCCGACAUCGGCCUCGUACGCCUUUGUAUACGGCCCAGCAAGGUUUUCCGUUAGAACAAACGCCAACGGUUCGAGAACAACCGUCUACCUCAGAAAUGGGCGUCAUCGAAAGGGUACCCGUUCAAUUUCCCUCAAAUCCCAUCGUCCAACGAACCGGCGCCAAACCGGACUCGUUUCAAGACAUCCAAUUGGAACAAUCCAAAAUAGAACGCUAUUACGUACAAACGAAAUACUAUCCGGACUACCAGCAACCGAGCACGAGUAAAUCUUUGGAGCAACCGGGCCCAUCUGGUCUGCAAACGCCCGCGAAAUCCAAACCGGCAGCUUACGCAUCUACACCGGGAAGACUGAAGAAAUCGAGAAAGGAGUCGCACCAAUCGAGGAAGUCCCAUCAGUGUCCCUAUUGCAAGAAAUGCUUCGCCAGCUCGGACAAAUUGGACAAGCACGGACAAACUCACACCGGUUCAUCGCCGUUUAAAUGCGACAAUUGCAAGAAGAUAUUCACAUCGAAAUUCAAAUUGGUCAGGCACGCUUUGAUACACUCCGAUCGGAAACCAUUCAGUUGUACUGUGUGCGAUCGAACGUUCCAUCGAAAGGACCAUCUCAAGAACCACGUGAAGGUCCACAGUCCGCAGAAGGACGUUUACGUGUGCGAUAAUUGCAAGAAACAGUACACUUCUUUGCUCAGUUACAGGAAGCAUUUGGCUUUGCACGCCGCCGAAGAGGGCAAUUUGACCUGCCAGAUUUGCCAAUUGGUGUUCGAGAGCAAAGAGAAGAUAUUGUUCCAUUUGAAGAUCCACGCCGGUAGCCGGACGGUGAAGAAUCCCAACGAGAAGAAAUUCAAAUGCGAUGAGUGCGGUAGGAGGUUUUUUACGAGAAAGGACGUCCGUAGGCAUAACGUUGUGCAUACAGGUAUGCGGGACUUCCUCUGCCAAUAUUGCCCUCAACGUUUCGGCCGAAAAGACCACUUGGUCAGGCACAUAAAGAAGUCGCACAAUAACAAAUACAAAGCCGAAGAAUCGGCCGGCGUUUCAAUCAAAAUCGAACCGAAAGAAACGCCGGAAACGGCAAUCAAAACCGAAUACGUCGCUCCCGCUAUCAUUUCUUCGGUCGAUUUGGGUUUGCCGCUCAUCGAAGGCGAUCUGACGCCGUUUUUGGAGAGCGAAAACCUCCUGGCCUCUUCCACUACGGACGAACUGAAAUAUCUGAGUAGUAGCAUAUUGGACAUAGAAAGUACAUCGACGCCUCCCGGUAUUUUGAUAGCCGAAAACGUGGAUGCUAGUCAAGUUGUUUUGGACGAUAACGAGGUGUUGCUGAGCAAUCCGGAAUUGUUGUUGCUUGAAGCGCCUGAAGAGACGAAUUUACCAUUGCCCGGAUUUAGUCAGACGUUCCAGUCGCCACCGGGACCUCAGCAAUGAGAUAUCCGAUUCAAAAUAUAUAUACAGGGUGUCUCAAAAUUAAAGCCAAUUUUUUUUCGGUUUAUGAGUAAGGAGAUCAGACUGAAAGACUACAAAUUUUGCUUUUUCUCUUUGGUUUCGGAGU